AUGGGUAGCGGCGCCGGAGUGACCGAGGUCCCCACGAUCUUCCACCCCAGGAGGUCCAGGGCGACGCCGGGCAUCCUCCUCGGCGAGGGUCGACGCAACAACGGGCCUUACGCCGCUCCGGUGCAGGCGCUCCUCGAUGCUUCCGGUCGCGAGCAGGAGACCUACAAGGUGACCAGCACGGGGGGCUUCGGGGAUUCGGCCACGACCCGCGGCCCGGGGCAGGACGAAAGCGGUACCACGCCCGCUACUACUGGUACCACCGCGGCCACCGGGACCGCCACCCCCAGUGCGGGUCACGGACCAGGACCCGGACCCGGACCAGGGCCGGGGCCGGGACCAGGGGGCGGACCGCCUUCCGUCGCCACCUUUCAUCGGCGGCAGAACUCCUUGACCGCCUGCUACACCUCGUGCUGCGCCGAGUCCGCCAAAAAGAUAUACUUCGGCGUGUGCGUGACCAUUUGCGUGACCGCCAGCUGGGUCGGGGCCACUCACUGCAUCAAGUACCUGUACUUCGAGAAGCCGGAGAACGCGACCCCCUCGGCGUCCGCCAACUCUUCCGUGAGCGGGCCUCACCAGCACCACGUAAUUAAUUCCCGAUCCGACCUAACGAGAUUCCGCGAUCGAGGUCGACCUCUCGACGACCCGGCACGUCAGCUGGUGCACCCCUACAACGCGCCGUUCUUCACGACGUGGUUCUGCACCAACUGGGCGGUGCUCUACUUCCCCGUGUACUUCCUGUGCCGAGCGGUUACGAGCAAGUGCUCGAACCUCUCCGAGAUCGUCGCCGAGAGUCUGCGCGGCUUCCGAGAUAAGGGCUUCACCGGGGGCCGGUUCCUCACCCGGUGUGGCCUCUUCUGCGUUCUCUGGGUCGUCACCAACUACGCGUACAUCCGCUCGCUGAGGAUCCUCCUGGCGACCGACGUGAUGGCGCUCUUCGCGACCAACGUAGCCUGCGUCUACCUCCUCUCCUGGGUGAUCCUGCACGAGCAGUUCGUCGGCGUGAGGAUCGUCGCCGUGAUCCUCUGCGAUACCGGCAUCGCGCUGCUGGCCUACAUGGACGGCAUCACCGGCAGUCCCACCCUCGGCGGGGUCGUCCUGGCCGUCGCCGCCGCCGCGGGCUCGGCGGUCUACAAGGUGCUCUUCAAGAAAGUCAUCGGCGAGACCACCUUCGGCCAGGUGUCCCUCUUCUUCACGCUGAUCGGCCUCUGCAACGCGGCGCUGCUGUGGCCGUUCUGCGUCACCCUGUACUUCUCCGGGGCGGAAACCGUCCAGUGGGCGAACCUACCCUGGGGGGCGCUGCUCUCGGCCAGCGUCCUGCACCUAGUCGCCAACAUGCUGGGCAACUUCGGCAUCGCCCUGACCUACGACCUCUUCAUCACCCUCGGACUCAUCACGGCCGUCCCCGUGUCAGCUGCCCUGGACGUGGUGCUGUACGGGGCGCACUUCGUGGGCAUGAAGCUGGCGGGCAUGAUCCUGAUCGCCGUGGGCUUCUUCCUGGUCAUGUUCCCCGACAACUGGUCCGACUACAUCACCAGACUUCUCCGGUACGCACUUAAAGAUCUCCUAUCGGACACCUGGUGGAGCAGGAGACACGGACACGGGAUGCCCGGCGGAUCGGCCCGCGACAUGAUCGACUAUCGGACGGGGUAUAUCAAGUCUCACCUCAGGUCGCCCUCCGGUCGGGUCAGGUGACCGGUCGACGGCUCGAACCGACUCGGUCCGGCUUUUCCUCUCGGCGGAAGGGGUCUCAAGAGGUUCGUGGGCUCCAGGGGGUCGAAGGACGCGGAAUCGGCGCGGACGGGUCCUCCCCGAGGAAGACGAUUCGGGCCAG